GUGGUGGCCGUAGGAGGCCAGCUCCGCUCCGCCGCCGUAGUGCGAGUGCGAGUCCUUCACGGGCACGGCGAUGGGCACCUUCACCGGAUACGGCACGGGCUUCUCCACGGUCACCGGGUACGGCUUCUCCACGGGCACCUUCACCUGCACCGGGUACGGCUUCUCCACCGUCACCGGGUACGGCUUCUCCACCGGGCACGUGCUUCUCCACGGUGACCGGGUAGGGCUUGGGGACGUGGACGGGGUAAGGUUUGUCGACGGGCACCUUGACCGGGUAGGGAACGGGUUUUUCGACGGUGUAAGGCACGUGCUUCUCGACGGUGACGGGGUAAGGCUUGGGCACGUGCACGGCGUAGGGUCGGUUGACGGGGACCUUGACGUGGACGGGGUAGGGCUUGUCGACGGGCACGUGGACGGGGACCUUGACGUGGACGGUGUACGGCUGGGGAACGGGCACCUUCACUUCGACCGGGUAGGGCUGAGGCACGGGCACCUUCUUCUCCACGUAGACCGGGUAGGGCUUGUCGACGUGCACGGGGUAGGGCUGGGGCACCGGCACCUUCACCUCGUAGGGCACGCCGAUCUCCUUGUUGACGGUGACGUGCACGGGCACCGGGUUGUCCACGGGCACCGGGUACGGCUUGGGCACGUGCUUGGUGAUGUGCACGGGCACGGGCUUCUCCACAGGGACCGGGUAGGGCUUGUCGACGGGCACCUUGACCUCGUAGGGCACGGGCUUCUCCACGGUGGUGAUGGUCUUGACGUGGUGGUGUCCGUGGCCGUCUCCGCCGCCGCCGCCGCCGCCCUGGGAGCCGCCGUGGCCGUAGCCGAAGUGGCCGAAGGAGCCGUAGCCGAGCGCCAGCUGCUCGUGCAGGCCGCGCUUGCUGGGCUGCGCUGCGCUCUCCCCCUUGGCCUCCGGCGCCGGCGCGGCCUGCUCCCCCUCGGCAGCGCACGCAGCCACGAGGGCCAGCAACAGCAGCAGCUCGAUUAUGAGCAAUACGUUGCUGAUCUCAGUGCCCAUAAGCAAUGUAAAGGAAAUUAUUCAAAAAAGUUGAUCAAAGUCGAGAAGGGAAUCACAAGCUUGAUGAGCAGGUGGUGGUGGUGGUUGCUGUGUACUCACCGUAGUCCUCAUGGCUGGGCUGCGAGGGAAGGACUGCCUGUCUGCCCCUGGCGCCCGCGCGCUUUUAAGCCAGGCGUCGCGCCCUCACCCGGCCCGCCACAACACCACCCGCCCGCUCCCCCCGCCGUCCGCGACCCCCCACCGCCCCGCGCCCCGCCGCCCCGCUCGCUGUGCGGCGCGUGUCCGCGCCCAGAUAGCGCUCGUCGUCCGCGCAACCGCACGCCGCCGCCAGCCGCCGCCUCCACCACCACCCCACCACACCACCACCACCACACCCGCUGUCGCCCCUCAACAUCGCCGCCACACCUCGUCGUGUGCCGCGUCCCCAACCCCACCCACUACUGCGACACAAUGUCCGCCAUCGCCAUUCAGAUCACACCGCACCCCUGUCAACCCCCUCUCCGCGCUCCGCAAUUUCUGAACCCACUCGUCCCCGCCAACCACCCGGUGGGAGAUCUACUACGGGGAUAA